AUGUCCGUUUCGCGUGGAACCACGCGCCUCUUGCCUAUCUUCAUUGAUGACACGCGAGGAUGCACUAGCAAAGAUUCGGGAGAGGAGGGAAGGGACGCGCAGAAGUAUUGUGCAAGCGACUGCGGUACCGUCAAAGAGGCUGGUGCCAACCGUCGCGAAGCGGGAUUUCAGUGCUACGUCGGGCAAGGCGCUACUCAGCAAGACGACACCGAAAACCAUUUCCAAAACAGCCACAACGACGAUGCGAACCAGGCCGGCAGCUACGCCAGCCACGAAGCCUGUGAGCACGCCAACGAGGAGGGCCGCGAGCAGGACAUGAUAAAAAAAGCGUUAGGGGGAUUGAUACCCACGAAAGAGCAUCAAUUUUGA